AUGGCGUCGCCCUCUGAUCGGACAUACUUCCCGUCCCUGGAGGAAUGUUUGAAAGGCGAUAGGAUUCUGCUCUCCUGGAAGCUGGUCGCUUCUGCCUUGUCCGAUGCCUCCUGCGAUCGACUGGACAGCCAGGCUGUCGGAGAGUUCCUUCGCGACAAUCACGUCCUUGGCCUCUUCAAGGCACCGACGAAGGCUUUUGAGGCCUCAACAUCCCAGUCGAGAUCCGAAUUCGAGACCAAGACGGCCGCUAUUAACGUCACACCGACGCCGAACGACCAGUACGACAUCAAGACGAUCAAGGAGGACGCGCUUUGGCUCAGCAGGAAUGCAGACAUCAACGAGGUCGCCGCCUUGCGCAUCGUCGUGGCCGAGUUCCAGUCUCGAGCUCAAAACCAUCUGACCGGCCGCCUCUCUGCGCAAGAUCUUGUCAACCUCCAGGAAGCAGCAGGAGUGACUAGUGCCCAAGCAUCCAGCAUUUUCGCUACUCUGGAUACUUCCAACUUGCAGGAUGCUGAGACGAUAUGGUCGGACUUCGAGACGGAAGUCGAAAAGCGCCAACGCAUCUUUGCGCACUACUUGUCCGAACGUCGAUACUUCAUGAUGUCGGCAGACUAUCUGACCACCUUGAUGCUGCACCCCCAGAGGCCGCACAUGGCAACCACUGCCACUUCCGAAGCUUUGCGCAAGGACAUCCUCAAGACAGCAUACGCCAUAGAUGCAAACGCGGAUAUGGAUACGCAGGCUUUCAACCUUCUCCUCUCGACGUAUAUGGAUAUCCUCCCUAGCUGCAUCCAACGUGUCGAUGCUGGUCUUCGGUCUGUGUUGAAGGAAGGCACUGUUGUGUCCGAUGACAUGGAGACGCAAUGGACUGUCACAUCGCUCUCCGAACUGACACACGCGAUGGCUCUGAUAUUCCAGGUUGUCGAUUUCUCAACUCCUGCUUUCACAAGUCCAUUCGUUGUCUCACGGUGGUUUCAGUUCAUGGGAGAGUACGGAUUUCUGGACGGCUUCACACCUGACAAUGCUGCGGUCGCGGAUCUUAUCCUGCCUCUGAGGUGUCUGGCAAUCCUCGACCAAGAAUUGGACCUUGAUGACAAGGAAGAUGCUUACAUUGUCAACCCUGACGUCCUUGAGGUCAUCCACAAAGCGAUCUUGGUCGUUGUGGAAGCUGAGCUAGUCAGCGUUACCCCUGUCACGUUCUCCUGGGCAUUAAUCCUCCAUAGGAUGUACGUCUCGUUCCAGGAGCGAGCGGAGCGCCGUGACAUCGCGCAGAACCAGAGGGCGCAGUUGGGCUUUGAACUUGAGAACCAGGCACAUGGCCCUUUAGGUCGCCGGAACUCAGCAAGUAGCAUCGUCUCCCUGGAGUCCACCCGCUACGACCGCUUUCUUGCCGACGCAGCCUUGCAGCAGGACGUACACCUCACUGAGAUGCUGGCCAAAUUCGCAACCGAUGAUAGCCGCAUAUAUGAGGUGCUCUUGGCCAUCGCUGCGGCCGCCGGCGAUGGUGUCGACUCUGGUCUUCGGCCUUCACUGGGUGAUCGUGUUCGAAGCACGUUUCUCGAUCUUUUCAAGACCAGCUUCCCUGCUGUGGGGUAUCGAGAAGAACCUCUGGGCGCACUUUUGCAGAUCAUUGCUGGCGGAUCUCAAUACUGGGACCUGAAUGAGGCGGCCGUUGUCGAUGCAGAUUCGGCAGUUUCAGCCUACGCUCUGGAUGAUAUUGAGCUCCUGGAGCUUUACUUUCAGCAAGCGAUGUGCCGCUUUCCGCUAGAGUUUACCCCCUUCUCCCAGCUGUGUCAAAGCUUGUCAGCGUGUCUCUCCAAGGAUGAGAAGUCUGACAUGGUUCUCAAGCUUCUGCUCAAGAGCCCUACCCUGACCUUUACCUUUCCCCCAAGGUUCACUGGAUAUGAGUUGGACCAGGAGGAGGAGGACACGAACUCCUUCGUACUGACCCAAGACGUGCCGCUAUUUACGCCAUCAUCUUCAUGGCGGAGGCGAUUUAUCGACGACGAGGAGUCGUUCUCCAUCCCUGCUGGUACUCACGGUCGAUUUCUGACCAACCAAGGGAAAAUCGCAAUUUUGGACCACGAACACUCCGCUCUGGCUCUUAUGAGCAAACGCCUAGAUGUGAAUGUUUCUCGUGGAGAGUACGAUAGUGUUCUUGGCUAUCUGGAACCCAGCGAGGUCGCUGAGGCUAUAUCGCUUCUUGCCUAUUUGGUACGGACCGAGACUUUGAAAGCAACGGCAAGGUCCGAAGGAAACAGUGCGCUUGAGGCUGGGAUGAACGUGCUCAGGGAAUCAAGCCGAGCACUGCCCAAUAACAAAGACAUCGUCACUGUUAUCUGUGAUACUCUGGAUACUAUCAUCCAGGAGCAAUCUUCUUACACAGACGAGGCGACAGUGGCGGUGCUCAACUCGUGCAUCCAAUUCCUUCAUGCUGCACUUGCGGUCUGCCCCGGCCGUGUAUGGUCAUACAUGGCCAGGAGUGAGCUGCUCACCACUGAGGUACGCGCCGGGCGUCUAUCGCGGUUGACUGGGACUUCAGAGAUGAUCUCGACUCGCUUCGACUUCUUGGCUUCCUCGAUGCGACUCCUGUCAAGCUUGAUCGACAGCACUCUAGAAAGCUCUGUCCAACGUACAGUCGGCAACAAAGGCGUUGGGCGGACCAACAACAACGACAACUCGUGGCUUGGAAUCUCGGACAAGGUGCUGGAGCAAGUGAGCCUUUCAAUCGCUCAGACGACCAUCGACAUUCUCGAAAACACCGUCACAUGGCGAUUCGCUUCCGAGAUCCACCGAAGCCAGCUUACCCAAGAAGUCAUCACGAUACUGGACAGUCUUAUCCAGUAUUCGUUCAGUUUUGGUGAUCCCAAGGGAUCCCGCGCCUUAACAGCAUGUUUGGUCCCUGCGGCAAGAUAUGUCAUUGACAGCUUCAUGUCAUCGUCCUCUGGUUCUCUGAGAUUCCAGCCGCUGCUUAUGAGUCUCAUGACCGCCUUCCAAUUGCCCGAGUCGACACUGUACCAGCGUAGUAAAGACGUCGUCAUCAAGGCGACUUCCACGGUCCUCCGCUUCGCUGCAGUGUUGCUCAAGGCCAUCAACUUCCUGGACCAACCCUCAACUUCGCUCGAGACACAGUUGUUUAAAGUUGUGUCGCUGCUCGCUCGCCUCUGUGCCGUCCGGGAUACCUACAGGGCGCCAAUCUUUGCCCUCAUGGAGGCGCUCGUCGUGAGUGCGGGCAAGGUCACCACGGAGCCCCCAUCCCUCCUGGGCUACCUAGGCCCCCAGAUUUCCAAGUCUUUCCUCGAGAUCCUGUCUCGAUUAGACAAGCCAUUCAACCGGACGGCAGAGGUCGUAUCAGUGUGGAAAUUUCUCUCGACAAUUAUACGGAACCGACAGCAGUGGAUGGCUAAUUGCCUCCUUACUGGCAAAACCCCGCGUGACGCAUUACAGGGCGACGGAAAGCUGUCCAAGGCAUCAUCGAACUCAAUUCUGUACGCAGCUCAAGAAACCCUGCGCACCAUAUCCUCGAUUCCUGCCGCAGAAGCACUUGCAGUGCUGGACUUCUUCACAUCUGCGCACAACUACUGGCCGUGGACAAUCCUGGCAGUGGACAGCGACCAGGCGUAUCUCACUGAACUCCGAGCUUAUGUUCGAGACCUCAAAUCGGCCUCUGUCGUCGCUAGGACAACCCCAGCCGCAGCUUGCGACCAAGCUCGGAUAGCAGCAUACAUAGCUGAGACUUUUGCUAUGCAGCUAUAUCAUCUUCGCCAGAUGGGCAAGGUGGAAGAGUUCGCGUCGGCUGUCGUCCAAGACCUCGACUAUUUCUUGAGGGAUGGUGUAGGUGUUGCAGGGUACAAUACCUCCCUGCACGUGAAUUUUGCAAAGAACUUUGAGUCCCGUUAUUCGGGCUGCUCUCUGGAGAGUUUCAAGCGUACCUUGCUUGCGCCUCGUGAUCUCGGACCGCAAUAUUAUUACGCUCUGGAUCUGGCAGAGAGGAUGCUGAAUUUUGACUCGGCCUGGGCAGGCAAGAAGGACGAUGGAUUCCGACACGAAAUGCGAACAGCAAAUCUCAACCUUUCGCUCGUCGAUGCUCAAAUUGCGCUGUUUCAUUCCUGGGAAUUCCUCCUGCUUGAGCUUAGCCUUUGCCUCCUGCCAAAGAGCAAGAGGAUAAGCAUCGCUAUGAUUCAGGUUGCAGAGCAGUGCUUGUCCGCGAAUCAGAACCUCCAGGGACCGGAGAAGAUCUUUGUCAAGCUCACCCAGGCACGAUCGAACCUGUCGUUGAUGCUUGUCCAGCGCCUUGCGGAUUGCUCGAUGCUGCCCAAGGACAUAAACUCUCUUCUUGUGUCUCUGUGGACGACAAUUAUUUCUGUCGAGAGUCCUUACGACCCUGACCAACUGCCCUACUACCGAACCCUUCUCAAGGUUCUGUAUGUGAUCCUUCGCGGUUCUCAUAGCUCGAAGGCAACUUCGACCAGUGAUGGCGGCGCCGAGGGAGAGCUGGCCGUCUCAACGACGCAGACGGUCCUCAACAUCUUGGACCGGGUUGUUGCGCAGGGCUUCAGAACUCUGGUAAGCUUGAUUCACGACCCGGAGGCGAACGUCUUUCCGGAAGAUGUGGCUCUCAUCACUGCCAUCCUUCAAGCCUGCAUCAGUAUGCCCGGCAUGGACCAGUGCCAGACCCAGAUUCUCAACAUCAUGGCUUCGCAUGACGCACUACAUGUCGCCACGUCUCUGUACUCUUGGGCAGACAAGCUUGCCGUCAACGGCGAUCCCAUCUACGGAGAGCUUAGUCUCAUGUUCCUGCUUGAGCUCUCCACUCUGCCCACGAUUGCCGAGCAGCUCGCCUGCGAUGGGCUCCUCGGACACAUCGUUUCGUCAAGCCUCGCAAACCACAUGCGGCGCUCCAACGUCUCGCCGUUUGCAGACGUGGUCGGAGCACAGCGCUGUUACACCGUCUGGGCCAAAGCGAUCCUGCCCCUGCUCCUGAACAUCCUGAUCGCUCUCGGCACCACCAUCGCGCCCGAGGUCGCCUUCGUGCUGAACCAGUUCCCCACGCUGCUCGAGUCGAGCGUGCAGCGGUUCGAGGCCCCCGGCCUCAGCCGCACGGCCUCGCGCAAGAGCGGGCAGUACGUCACGCUCCUGGCCGCCUCCGAGGUGCACUCGCUGGCGCUCCUCACGCGCGUCCUGGCCGCCCUGCGGGUCAACAACAACCGCGACAUCCCCGAGAUCAAGUGGGACGCGGGCACGCUGGUGGAGAACGUCGACUUUUGGCUCUCGCGGCCCAAGGUCCUGCGGGAGAGGCUGCUGCCGCUGGGCCAGCGCGAGGCGGAGUGGCGCGGCAUGAGGCCGGACGGCGCGGUUGCCGCCGGCGCGCAGAUCGAGAACAAGUUGGAGGAGAAGGUUGUGGGCAUGCUCGAGGGCCUUAAGCUGGUCCUGAGCGAUGAUGCCGAGUAA